AGCCGUUGCCGACUUGCCGUGGCAUCGGGGGAGGUGGCCGGCGGCCGAAGCAAAGCAGCUUGGCCUGCUGCCCCCCUACCCCCUAGUCCCCUACCCACAGAGCGAGCACGGGAUGGAAUCCGGCAGGUGGCUGCGCGAGGGAGGCAACCGAAGGGUCGCAGCCCGGCACGCCGAUUCCUUCCUUGCCGCCGCCGCGCGCGCCCCACCCCUUUAACCGCGCGCCUUUCGCCAGCCGGCCAAUGGUUGGGCUGCAGCGAGCGGGAGGCAGGCAGCGGCGGCGGCGACAGCAUCCGAAGCAGCGGCGGGCGGCGGCGGCGGCGGAGGGCCCAUGGGGGAGGAGGCGUCGCUCGAGCACACGCCCACCUGGGUGGUGGCCACCGUCUGCCUCGUCAUCGUAUCCGUCUCCCUCGCCGCCGAGCGCUUCCUCCAUUACCUCGGCAAGUAUCUGAAACAUAAGGAGCAAAAAGCAUUGUAUUCAGCUCUUCAGAGACUAAAAGAAGAGCUAAUGCUUCUUGGAUUCAUUUCCUUCGUCCUGAGUCUCUCCCAGGGUUUUAUUGUUAACAUUUGCAUUCCAGAAAAUGCUACAGAUUUCAUGCUUCCAUGCAAGAGACAGAACCACACAGUUGCAGAAGAAGGUUCCAGAAUUUGCAAGAAAAAGGGUGAUGUUCCCUUGCUAUCAGUGGAGGCAUUACAUCAGCUGCACAUCUUCAUAUUUGUACUUGGUUUAGUCCAUGUUGUGUUCUGCGCCACAACAAUAUUACUUGGUGGGGCGAAGAUGCGAAAGUGGAAGCAUUGGGAGACAGAAAUUCACCGAGAAAUAAGGGAGAAAUUACAGCAUGCACAAAUUGAAAGAAAAUCGACUCCAUUGAGUGCUGUGCUACAUCGAAAUCAUCAAGGUGAAUUUGUUCGUGAGCGAACAAAGGGAUUUUGGAUGAAGCUGGCUGUUGUAAGCUGGAUAACUGCAUUCUUGAAGCAAUUUCACAAUUCUGUUAGUAAAUCAGAUUAUGAAGCGCUUCGAUCAGCAUUUGGGUUGAUACACUACCCAAGAAGACCAGACUUUGAUUUUCACAAAUAUAUGAUCAAUGCUCUUGAAUAUGAGUUUAAGAGGGUUGUUGGUAUCAGCUGGUAUCUGUGGCUUUUUGUCAUCAUCUUCCUGUUGCUGAAUAUAAAUGGAUGGCACACAUACUUCUGGUUAGCUUUCUUGCCUCUCUUUCUCCUACUUAUAGUUGGUGCCAAGCUAGAGCACAUUAUUACUCGAUUGGCUCAAGAGGCAGCGGCAUCACUAUCCAAUGAAACGGAGGAAGUUCCAAAAAUAAAGCCAUCCAAGGAACAUUUCUGGUUCCAUAAACCUGGACUUGUCCUUCAUUUGAUCCAUUUCAUUCUGUUUCAGAACUCGUUCGAGAUCGGUUUUUUCUUCUGGAUCUUGGUAUCAGAAGGGUUCGGCUCGUGCAUGAUGGAAAGUAAGCCUUAUACCAUCUCCAGACUUGUUAUCGGAGUGAUCAUCCAAGUCAUUUGCAGCCAUAUCACUCUGCCAUUAUAUGCCAUCGUCACUCAUAUGGGCGGGGAGAUCAAGCUGCACGGUUUCGGUUUCGGGUCCGACGUGCACGAGUCCGUCCACGGCUGGCUCACCGAGGCCCAGAGGAGGAAAACCUUAUUGAAGAAGGCCGGAGGAGGCGAUGGCGGCGACCCCGAUUCGGGCGGGGAGGUGAAGGUGACCCGGGCGGCGGCGGCGGCCGACGAGCGGGCGGCUGGGACCUCGCGCGGCAUGCUGAUGACGGCGCACCCGCCGCCGCCCGAUCUGGACGAGAUCGUGACCGUGGACGGCGGCUACCACGGCCUCCGGACGAGGUGAAGGACGGACAGAGAGAGAGAGACGGCGGCAGGCUAGCCGCCGCGCCGGCCUGAUCCCCCAGGUGCCGUGCGCGUCUGGUCGACGGGUAGGACGCUGCGGAAAUUCCUCGUGUCGGGGGGUGGCGGUCGGCCGGGCCGGGGCCCGGCGCUGUGUAGGCGGCUAGGCGCGUGCGCGCUGCCUCUGACUGAUCCCACGCUGUAACGUCAACGUCGUCUCGUGGUGUAACGGGACGGGCCGGACGGGACGGGACGGGACGCGUCGCCGGCCGGACGGCGCGCCGCUGCCGGCCGGCAGGCGUUGUGGCAUGUCAUGUGCGGCGUCGCAGCCCGACGCCGCGACGUCGUUGUAAGUGUGGCACGGCCGGCGUCGCCAUGGCCCAGCUUGCCCCUGCUGGGCUGCUGGCUGCUGUCUGGUGGCCGGCCGUACUUUGUUUUUAGUAUGGUUUUGGUCACAUCGAAUAUUUGAACUUAUAAUGGAAUAUUAAAUGAAGAUUUUUU